CAUUUGUCUUUUGGUGUGGAGAUAUAGCUGACAAGGUGAUACAGUCAGCACUAUGAUAAACGCACCAUUCCAUCUUGCACACCCCGUACCGCGGCGAUGUACGUGUGAAUAAGUGGUCAGCUUUACGAUGAAGGACCAUUGAUAAACGUUUGACCGGGGGAUGGUACGAUGUUAUUGGUGCAGGGUGUAAUGAAUGGAGCAUCCUCCUCCACGGCGGAAGCGCACGACGGGGUAGCGACUGAGGGGCUGGCACUGAAGGUGUGAACUGAACCCGCGGUGUGUGAAAUGGAGCGGUUUGUGGACAAGGAAACUUCGUUUUGCUGACACAGCAGGAACGCAGAGAAAAUACUUGUAUUAUCGGCUCGUUUUUCUCAUCUGAAUUCGCGCUUGACUUUUCAUCUUUCCACUGAUGGCUUGUCUUGCCCUGGGUCGGGUUUGAUAUGGGAUUUAUGUCGGCUGAGGCUAGAUUUAGUGCCGUAGUUGCAGUAGUGCUCUUGGCUGUAGCCCAGGUGUCUGCAGAUGUAAAGUGUGAGAACAUCUACAAGGACUUCUCCGACUGUGUCCUGGAGCUGGGGGAGAGCAUGGACAACCAGCAGGAGAAUGUCACCAGUGAGAAGGGUGUGGAAGCCGUCUGCAGCCACUGGGAGGCGUUCCACUCCUGUGCUCUCAACGCACUCUCUGACUGUCAGGAGGAGGCAGGACCCAUAUGGGAGACUUUAAGGGCAGACUCCAGGAAGCUCCGGUUCCAGGGCAGCCUGUUCGACCUGUGCAGCCCCAACGCCGCCCCCGGCCUGGGCUUGGCCUCGCUGCCCUGGCUGCCUAUGCCCCUGCUCUUGCUUCCCCUGGUGGUCCAGCUGCUGUCAGGGCCAGAGUCCAUCUGUCUGUCCCUAUAGACUCCAUACAUUCCUCCCUCUCUCUCUCUCCCUCUCUCUCUCUCUCUCCAUCCCUGCACGUUCUCCCACCUGGGUGGUCUUCUUUCCUCAGCAUGUUUAAUACAUGAGGAUUAUGCUGGAUGAGAUGAUGCAGAAGGCACCAGGCAAAGCAAUGGCCUUUGAAUAAGAAUACACGAUGACAUAUUUGGAGUCUGUGCCUCCUUCUUAAGGUAAAAAUAAGAUGAAUGGCGUGGCAUUUUUAUGUGUGUUUUUAAAGUGUCGUUAAAAAAAAAGGUGUUGAUGUGUUAAAAGAAUGACCCUGUACUGUGACAAUCAACCCGUCCUCCUGAUCAAGCACAGCCCCUCUCUUCUGAAACCACACUGUUGGGAUUGGAGUACCUUAGCUGCUAUAAGAAAACACCAAAAAGAGUAAUUUGCAUUGUAGAGUUGUUUAAUGUCAUAGUGCUAGUAAUACCAUCCCAUGCACUUCAAAAAAAUUACAUUAAUACUUGAUGCGUUAUAAAAGAUUCACAUUAUAACAAAAUACCGCAUCGAUACAUACUUUCCAAUAAUCUAAGGUAAUAAAUCUGUAAUGAUUGAAACGAAACAUUAUGCAAUCAAUACCCUGUUCUAUACCAUGAAGUUACAACAUUUUGUAUUGCCUAAAGUACUGAAUUUCACUAUGAAGCACAGCUGCACUCACUGACAUUGAAAGUAUCUACAUAUGGCAAUAUACAGUACAAAUUCAGUUUAUAAUGUAAAAACAGUAUGGCUAAGGACAUUGUGGGGAAAGAGGGCAUCUUGGCAUUUUACUGAGCAUGCGUGCUUCACACUGUGUGCACAAGUUUCAUUUGAUGUAAUAUCCAGAUAUUGUAGGACCAACCAUUUUAUGGCCGUUAAUUGUGGCAUGUAUGCAGUAAUUUUACAUGUACCUAUCUGUAUUUGGCUUACAUUUGAAGAAAAGUAGUCUGGAUGCAGAAAAGUAGAGAUUAAUUGUAUGAUGAAUGCAAAGAUGACUUAUGUUUUUGUAAACAGUAUCAAUUUUGUGGUAAAUUAAAGGAUUUAGCCACUAAUCUCUGAAGGCAUUUUAGUGGCCAAAUGUCUUAAUUAUACAUAUAUUUAUUCUAACUCAAGUGCUUCAUCAGCAGAUAAAAUCUGUAAACAACCAUGCUAUAAUUUGACUGUUGUUAAAAAAAGGUAUUAACCAACAGAAAAAGGCUUACAGUGGAUGCAGAGAGAUUUUAAAAAGAGAUUUGUAUACUUAGUCAAAUGUGUUUUCUGCUUGUUAAAAUAAAGAUUGUAUGUGCCCA